AUGGGACGUAAUGUCACUGGUGGUGCAGCAUUAAGGGCUCGUAAUGUCAUUGCUGAUGCAGGAAUUAUGGGGCGUAAUGUCACUGAUGGUGCAGCAUUAAGGGCUCGUAACGUCAUUGGUGGGGCAGCAUUAAGGGCUCGUAAUGUCACUGGUGGUGCAGCAUUAAGGGCUCGUAAUGUCACUGGUGGUACAGCAUUAAGAACUCGUAAUGUCACUGAUGAUGCAGCAUUAAGGGCUCGUAAUGUCACUGAUGAUGCAGCAUUAAGGGCUCGUAAUGUCACUGGUGGUGCAGCAUUAAGGGCUCGUAAUGUCACUGGUGGUGCAGCAUUAAGGGCUCGUAAUGUCACUGGUGGUACAGCAUUAAGGGCUCGUAAUGUCACUGCUGGUGCAGCAUUAAGGGCUCGUAAUGUCACUGCUGGUGCAGCAUUAAGGGCUCGUAAUGUCACUGAUGGUGCAGCAUUGAGGGCUCGUAAUGUCACUGCUGGUGCAGCAUUAAGAGCUCGUAAUGUUGUGGUGGUGCAGCAUUAA